AUGGCCGCGCAGUCGGACGGCGGGAAAGCCGGGGUGACGUACGGCGGGUUCGCGCAGCUGUACGAGGGGCACGAGGAUGAUCCGCUGGACUCGGCCGCCAUCCACAUCUGCCAGUGCUGCCGCACGUCCUCGUGCUACUGGGGCUGCCGCUCCGCGUGCCUGGGCCACCUGGGGGGCGCGCACCCGCCCGGCGCAGUGGGCGUCCGCGAGACCCACUGCCCGCCGCGCGAGCAGCUGUGGCUGGACUGCCUCUGGAUCGUUCUCGCGCUGCUCGUGUUCUUCUGGGACGUGGGCACGGACCUGUGCCUGGCGGCGGACUACUAUGGCCGGCGGGACUACCUGUGGUUCGGCCUGACGUUGUUUUUCGUGCUUGUGCCCUCGGUGCUCGUGCAGAUCCUGAGCUUCCGAUGGUUCGUGCAGGACUACACGGGGGGGGGGCUGGGGGUGGUGGAGGGGCUGACCCGGCGGGGCGCGGCGGGGCUGAGCGCCGUGGACCCCCCCGGGAGGGACCGGCUGCGGCUGGCCUCCGUCUGGCUGUGGCAGGCCGUCAUCCACAUCCUGCAGCUGGGACAGGUGUGGAGGUACAUACGGACGCUCUACCUGGGCAUCCAGUCGCGGCGGCAGCGCGAGCACCAGCGGCGCUGGUACUGGGCCAUGAUGUUUGAGUACGCCGACGUCAACAUGCUGCGGCUGCUGGAGACCUUCCUGGAGUCGGCGCCCCAGCUGGUCCUCCAGCUGUGCAUCAUGAUCCAGGAGAACCGUGCAGAGAGACUGCAGUGCGUGUCAUCCCUGGCCUCGCUCCUCUCCCUGGCCUGGGUGUUGGCCUCCUACCACAAGCUGCUGCGGGACUCGCGGGACGACCAGCGCAGCAUGAGCUACCGCGGUGCGCUGCUGCACCUGCUGUGGCGUCUGCUGACCAUCUCGUCGCGGGUGUUAUCACUGGCGCUGUUCGCCUCGCUCUUCCACCUCUACUUCGGCAUCUUCGUGGUGCUGCACUGGUGCGCCAUGGCCUUCUGGGUAGUGCACGGAGGCACAGACUUCUGCAUGUCCAAGUGGGAGGAGGUGCUGUUCAACAUGGUGGUGGGCAUCGUGUACAUCUUCUGCUGGUUCAACGUGCAGGAGGGCCGCACACGCUACCGCAUGCUGGCCUACUACAGCGUGGUGCUGGCCGAGAACACCCUGCUCACAGGCCUCUGGUAUGCAUACCGGGACCCGGCUCUGACCGACUGGUAUGCGUCUGAGGCGCUGUGCGGCGUGUACCUGUGCUUCGCCGGCGGCGUCCUGGUCAUGCUGCUGUACUACGGCUUCCUCCACCCGGCCUCCGCCCACCUCUCGCCCAGCCCCGCCUCCUCCUGCUGCGCCCAGCUGCUGUGGGGGCUCCCGCUGCCCCCCUCAGCCCCUCCCUCCGCCCCACCCACCCCGGCGCACCUGGCCCGCUCGCAGACGGAGGAGGACCUGGCCGACGACACCUGCCUGCCCGUGUUCCAGGUGCGCUCCUCGGCCUCGGCGGCGGCAGCGGCGGCGGCCAGGCUGGAGGGCCCGCUCAUCAAGAUCGACAUGCCCAGGAAGAGGUAUCCGGCCUGGGACGCGCACUACGUGGACCGCCGGCUGCGGCGCACCAUCAACAUCUUGCAGUACAUCACGCCGGCCGCCGUUGGAAUCCGCUACCGUGACGGCCCACUGCUCUACGAGCUGCUGCAGUACGAGUCCUCGCUCUGA